UCACAACAUUGAGGAGGACUUUAAUGGACCCCUAACAUUUUUUUCUGAUAGGGGCAAACAGCUGGUGUAAGUGUAUGAUGGGAAAUAAAAUUAUUGGGUUUGAACAUUUCCUACCAGAGUAUUCUACAUAUGCUGAUGAGGUAUCAUUGCAAAUAAAUGGCCAAUGGAUUACUGUUAUGCAAGAGCCUCAGACUAUAAUGCAAAGGUUUAAAGAGACAUCAUCUAGAUGUGCUUGGAUGAUUUUAUUUGUCCUGCAGUGUGACCAUGUUUCUCAGAAGGAUGUGGACGCAUUUGCUCAUUUCCAGCAGAGGUUUGGAAAAGAAAUGGAGGAAAAUACUGUUGUAGUUCUGUUCAAUAUUAAAGAUAACACAUCAGCAGGGGCAAAUAAUGAGAACCUAGAAAUGACACUUAGUCGGUAUGGAAGGAAGUUGUGGAUUUUUAACAAAAAUCUGGAGCAAAGUGAAGUGAUUAGACAACUAAUUGCACAUAAAAAAUGUGCACCUGUGUCAAACAAUGCUGAUAGAUCAUCACAUCAGACAACAUCUGUGGAAAGAGAGAUUCCUAAACCACGAACGGCAAUUGCACGUGAUCAGAUGUCAGGAGGUAAACAAGCUGCUGUCAAGAAGAAAAACACUUUGACUAUUGUCCUGCUGGGUCAGACUGGAAGUGGAAAAAGCGCUACUGGAAACACCAUCCUGAGAAAACAGCACUUUGAAUCACGUGCCAGUUCAGUGCCAGUAACAAAGGUGUGCCAGUUGGGAGAGGAAUCAGUAUGUGGAAUCAGGAUCAAAGUAAUUGACACCCCUGAUUUCUUCGACGAAGACUUAAAAAACCAAACAGAACAGAUAAGAAAGUACAAAGAGCUCACUCAGCAAAGACCUGAUGUAUAUUUGCUGGUGCUGGAGCUCGGACGUUAUACAGACGGAGAGAGGGUGAUAGUUCAGAACAUACAAAGAUUGUUUGGUGCUGAACUGGUAAAAGAAACCAUCAUUCUGUUCACCAGCAAGGAGAAAUUAAGAAGAAAAUCUCUAUCAGAUUACAUUAAAAACACUGACACGCAACUGCAAGAGUUGGUCAGAUCCUGUGGAUCGCGGUGUCAUGCAUUUAACAACAACGAUGACAAUCUUUCUCAGGUGGAGAGACUGUUAGAAAUGAUUCUGGAAAUGAAGAGGAAAAAUGGAUGUACUGACAUUCCUGAGGACUACUCAUUUAAUAAGAAAUCCGAGAAAAAAGAGUGCAGAAUCCAAUAGAGUCUGACAAGGGAUUCUUUCCUUAGACAGUUCACCCCAAUGAACAUUUUCUCAGCAUUUACUCACAAAAGGGCUUCUAAACUUUUAUGAAGUACUUAUUUAGAAAGCACAACAACAUGGUCUGAGAAAUGUUGAAAAUCAAAAGUUAUUCUCAUCCAUAGUAGGAAUAAAAAUACUUAUAGCAUUGGUAGUUCACACUAGAUUUGUAGUUCGGUUCAGUUGCAGAAAUGUAGUUCUCUGAACCAACUAAACCAAACUACAAAUCCCAGAAUUCAUUGCUCCAAUCACUCCUUCCACAGAUGAAAGUCAUUCUGACACUGAUAUACACACACACAGCUGAAACUCAUCUUUAUUAAUUACCUGGACUUUGUAUACACCACACUUUCACACAAACUUUGCUGAGUCUUGUUAUCCUAUAGCAUCACGAAGCAUUAAUCCUGUCUAGUCUUUUGUGUUUUGAUUCUUGCCUUGUUUUCCUGUUAUUGAUUCUUUGCCGCCUGGACUAUCCAUUCGCCUGUAUUUUUGACUACAAUCUUGGAUUAGCUUCAUGCUCCUGUUUGCUACCUGACAGUUGCGUGCCUAACUACUGUUAUAAACUAGCAGUAUAAACUGUUAUAAACUAAUAAACUGCGUGUGGAUCUUCAACUCCA